UUCGCUCCACCUGUAUACAAUAAUACCACUCGGUAUCAUGAUAUAGCGUGGUAUAAGAGAAUUCGUACAGGUGAACGCAAUGGGCGCAAGAAAAUGUUAUGACAUUUUAUUGUUUCGUUGAACAUGUGAAGUCGUCUGAUUUAUUUCCGAAGUGAAAAAAUUGCGUACUUUUCUGUCUAAAUAUCGGGUUUGAAACCAGAUUCUAAAAAUGGCAACUGGACACAUUCUACCGGGUUUUAGGAACCCUGUGUCGCGAUACCGGUCCAAAUCGGCCGACCCAACCAUGACGGGCUACCGGUACAGAACUCCGGGCGCUACGGGUCUGGACGCGCCGGAGUUCCUGGCGAUCAAAGCCGAGGCGAUGAAUGCCUGGACUGAAGAUAAAAUUGACUGGAAUAAAACACCAAACAAGAAGCCCACAACAUACGGACACAGUUUUUACAGGAAAGAGAAUGUGACUGAAGAAAAGCUGGCAGAAAUGAGACCCACGUCCUCUCUCAGAAGAAAUAAACCCCAUCCUAAAAAUGUGUUCCUGACCUGUAAUCUUAAGACGGUACCUGGUUACCAUGAUGCCCAUUCAGCGAUGGGAAAAGAACUAGGAACGGUUCAUGGCUUUCAGAAUCCUGAUACAACUAUUCAAGAAGAAGUUUAUCAAGUGGAUUCACUAUGUUCACCAGCAGAGCAGAGAGAUAGAUCCCAUCUCAGACACAAGUACAUGCCUAGACCACGCACAGCCAAUGUACUAACCUACCACACUGACUCGAGUACGAGGAGAGUUAUCAAUGAUCCUUGGUCAGCACAAGCAGCUGAAGCCUGGAUGAAACUAGCCAAUGAGAGAGAUCGCAAGGCAGUGCGUAACAUGUUAGAGCGUGCGAGCGUGCGGGGUCUUCAGAUCAGUCAUCGAGGAGACCACAGAGAACCCAUCCCAAACAAAGCUUCAUCACAUCGGUUCCUCAAGGCAGCCGGAGCAGGGGAAGCCAAGUCUGUUGAUCGUUUGAUGCAGACCCUGAACACCAAGCCUAAAUCGGUUCCCAUGAGUGGACCUCACUAUCACAUCACCGACUACAGUAAUCUAGAGGUCCCCAACUAUGUCAGGGUCAACCCUAAGCAUUGUCGAACAGACUAUGUUAUACAUCCACAGUUUGUUCCGUGAUUAUGUAUGGCUUGUGCAAAAAUAUUCAAUACUUUCAAGCUUAAUCAGGUGCAUUUGCAAUGUUAAAAGUAGAGCACUCUCAUUGGCAAUAGCACUUUGUAGGUUUCAUGUGCAAGUUGAGAAUUUAAAGAGUACUUGUAUAUUUUCCUGUGACUGCAACUUGCAGAAAUAUAUAAAUAGUAUAGAAGAAAUGUAUGUUGUAAUAUA